AUGGGUGGUCCUGGUAUUAUCGAUGGCAAUGAACAUCCAGAAACGGAUAAUUUUCUUCCAUGUCAAUUUGUUAUUGAUAAAGUAAGAUAUUCGUCUGCUGAAAAUUACUUUCAAUGUGCUAAAACGACAAACGAGCGAGAUCGACUAAAGAUUUUGACUUCGGGACCAGGUGAUUCAUGUGAAUUAGCUGGAAAGACAGUGCAACUACGAUCAGAUUGGGAAUCGGUUAAAGUAGAUGAAAUGUAUAAAGGAAAUUUGGCUAAGUUUCAGCAAAAUGAAGAUUUAAGAAAAGCUCUGUUAGAGUCUGGUACAGGACCUAUUCUUUUUACUGAAUCAUCACCGUUUUGGAAUUAUUGGAAUGAUUUGAUCUUGCAAAGAAUUCGAGCUGAACUACGUCAAAACGGUGAAGAAGAUUCUCGUCGUGCAGCCGAAACUCGUGAAGCAAUGAAUAAAUAUGCUCAAGAAAAUAAAUAG